AUGUACGAAAGAAUUCAACAACUCCCGGUCGAUACUCGCAAAGGCCACGAUGCGAUCUUUGAUGGUUCGUAUCUUAACGACAUCCCUGCGGCACUGAAAGAAUGGGAAGCGACACGUGUGCUGUUGGUUGUUAGUACCACUCUCGACACUAAAAGCGAGGUUAUCAAAGACUUAGAAGCAAGACUGGCCGAGCUCGCCUACGUGGACAAGAAAGUGGGAGUCGGUAGCCAUUCGCCGUAUGCGGAUACAAUUGAUAUCGCGCGCCGUGUCCAGCAGAAUAGCAUCGAUGCUGUGGUGUGCAUCGGUUCCGGGUCAUACUCAGACUCGUGCAAAACAGCUGUUAUUCUUAGUGCCACACUACCGCUAGGAUUCAGUUACGAGGACAUGGAAUCCCUGGUAGAUCAAAAGCGCGGACUGGCAGGUCCAGAAAACCUCAAGUCUCCCACUACAAAGCUUAUUUGCGUCCCAACGAGUCUUAGCUCUGGAGAAUGGAACCACUACGCUAGCGGUACUAAUUCUAAAGGCAAAAAGCAGCACUUUGUGCAAGAAGAUGGCGCACCUACUCUGAUCAUAUGUGACCCUCGCGUCGCUGCUACAAUUCCACGGGAUCUUUGGCUAGCUUCGGGAAUGAGAGCGGUUGAUCACUUUGUGGAGACCAUGUGUAGCCCAAAAUUUACUCAUGAGGCGACGCCAUAUGUCAAGUCGGGGCUGGGAAAUCUUUUAAAAGGUCUGGUGGAGUAUUGCGAGAAUAAAUCAGACGAUCCUUCCAGCGAAGGACUGCUCCAGGGCAUAUCCGAUUGUCAGAGAGGGUCGAGACUGGCUCUAUUUGCGUGGAUCUUUAUGAAAGUGGCAUUCGGUACUAGUCAUGCGCUGGGACACCAACUCGGAAGCUACGCGGGUGUUCAGCAUGGAAUCACGAGCUGUAUUCUUCUGCCUCCUGUUCUAGGUUACACGGAGACACACACUGAUGUUAAAAUUCGCCAAGGGUCUCAUGCAGAAGUCUUGGCCAUCUUUAACGAGACCUUGAAAUGGAACGAAAAAUCUGCAUCGGACGCUGUCACGCGCCUUGUCGGACUUCUCGGUUUGCCCAGUCGUCUGCACGAAGUCGGCGUCACAGGUGAUGAACAGAUACAAAGAAUUGCUGAAUUAGCUACGACCGAUGUACUUGGAGAAUAUGGUAUCUUACCUCCGUUGGAAGGAAUUAAAACGAUUCUAGAUACAGUGCGGUAG